ACGGAAGUUUGAUUUAGACCCUAGAAGAGAGAAAGAAAAAAACAACUCGGGCCUUAAAUUGAACUGAACUUGAACGACCUCACAGCUCGGUUGAUUCUGUGAAAAAUUUCUCCCAGUCUACUUCCUGUUUUGUUCAAACCACACUAAUAAAUUGCCUCCUUUAUACAGACAACUGUACACACAUAAAGGGAGUAAAAUAUACAAAAUAAGUAGGAAGCUUGAGAGAUAAAUAAAGAUGGCUUGUUCCUCUGCUUCUACUUGCCUCCACUCUCUGUCCCUCCAUUCUUCUCCUUUUCGAUCAACAAAGCGAAGAACUAGUGCUUCAUUUCUUCUCGGCCCUUCACGGUUCGUUUCUCCGAAAUCUCCAACACUGAGGAAGUCGAGGAGAGACUUUGUGCUCCCGAACAACAAAAAUCUCAGAAGAUACCGACCCAAUUCAGUACCUCUCGUCGUCGUCGCCGCGCAAUCCGACUUUUUGAGAGUUAUCCAAACAGUGUGGAAGGUUGGGAAAGAUGGAAUUGAGGCUGGGACCAAUCUUGUACCUGAUUCUAUCCCAAGACCAAUUGCAAGGAUUGGUGUAGCUGUAGUCGCACUCUCUGUUAGCUUCUUUGUGCUCAAGUCAGUCCUGUCAACAGCGUUUUUUGUACUGGUAAUUUGGUUUUACAGACUGUAGAGUCCUCAUCAUGCAAAAUUCUGGGGUUUAACCUUAAUUGCUACUGUCCAACUUUUUCCAGCCCUAGAAACUGCUAUUUGUUUAUGUUGUUUAGCACUUUUUGUGACCCUAACCUUGUGUCAGAUACAACGAUGGCAGAGCACCAGUAUUCGCUAGAUCACUAUUACUUUCUUAAUUCAAGUUUUCUUUAUUAUUUUUUUGGUACUAUUGGGCAAAAAAGGUAACUUUUUUCCUUUUUUUUCUUGGCUUGUGGGAUUUGGCUAUGGAAAUUUGUUCAUUUAGUCUUAUUUUGUGAUUAAUUUAAGUCUCUAAAGCUAAUGUUGAGUUUUGGGUCAGUUUACAGCUUUAUUUAUCUUUACUCACAAGGGCAGUUUAGUCUUUUUAGCAAACUGGGGCUGGCUGCCCCAUAGAGGCCUCUAUAUAUAUAGUUGUUAAACCUCAGCUUUGACAAUAAUGUAUUAAUGUUUUGAGAUUAUUAGCUUAUGAUAUAGUUGUUUUUUGUAAUUUCAAGACCCUAGCAGUGAUCCCUGUGGUGUUUGGUGCGUGAAGAGUAGGGUUUUAAUUUUAACUGGUUUUAACCUAUAGUAAGUACACCUAUCCUCUACAAAUCCUAAAUCCUAUCUUCUCCCCAGACCUUGUAAAAGUACCUGAUAGUAAUUGUGAGCUGAUUUUUUUCUUCAUUUCACUAGUAUAUGAUUGAGUGAGAUAGAGUACAGUAGGAGAGGAGCAGGAUUAGAGAAGGAUGGGUUGGUCAUCUAAUUCCAUUUCCCACAACCCCCACUAAAUAAUACUUUAUUUGGCUAGUUAAUGUAAGGGGAAAGUCAUAAAUAUCUUUAUGCAAUAGAAUAAAGACAGUGCAAAUAUCAUGAAAUCCCAGAAAUAUCUUCAUAACUUUUUUUUUUAUAAACAACAGAAGGUUUUCAUUAAUCAAGUCAAACUGACUACAAAGCAACCAUCAUUAAUUUCAUUAAUCAAGUCAAACUGACUACAAAUCAACCAUCAUUCAAACAAGCAUACUGUAUAUAACAGAAACAAAUUCCCCACCCCUACCAAGAAAUCUUUUCUACAGAUUAUAGCUUGGUCCAGGGCAAUCCCACAGCAGAGAAUCUCUUCCCACUCCAUCUCUUGCUAAAGAAUUUGCUAACAUAUUUGCGCUUCUAGGGGUCUAGUUGAACAAGGCAUUCAGGGAGGACCCUAGUGAGACAGCCAUCCUUACCAAAGCCUUAAAUUCCCAAGGUAUUCGUUCUUCACCUUUCAUCCCGCAAACAACCACUUGACAGUCUCCCUCCAUUAUUACAUCCCUUAACCUCUGUUGAUGUAACAAUUUUAAACCCUGUAUUAGAGUCAUCAAUUCUGCUCUCAAAGGUUUCCCCUGUCCCGCUGGGCCCAAAAAUCUAAGCAAAACAUUGCCUUCAUGAUUUCUGACAACACCCCUACACCUGAUGGUCUCGGAUUUCUGAUACAGCACCCAACAAAAUUAAACUUGAUUCUCCAACAAUCUGGUGGACUCCAUUUCAUCCCCAUUAACUGUUUACUUCUUUGGAAACCUGAUACUGUUUGCCAAUGUCUAAUCAAAUCAAUAAAAGGCACAUCUUUAAAUUCUGCCGUCACUAAAGCCCAAUGCACCACUCUUCUCUUUGUGAGUUUAUCACCUCCUCCACCUAUACUUUUCUUCAAAUAAUCUUGCAUUUAUCUCACCCAACCCCCAUAGAACUGCCCCUCUCACACACUGCCACAGGAUUUUCUGCCUUCGAGUACAAGGGCCCAAAAAAUCUGUUUUAAAUAAUUCCACCUCUUCAGAAGGUGCCUCCCAAUCUCUACCCAUCAAAGAAAGGAAAUGUUGCCAAAGCUGUGAAGCAAAAGGGCAAGACGUUAACAGAAGGCUUGUGACCUCCCCACUCUUCAAGCACAAGGCACAUGAGGGUAAAGACACCAGCCUUGCCACUUCCUCUGGAAUUUGUCACAGGAAUUGACAAUUUGAUUAACAGCUUACCAACAGGGGAAAAAAACUUGACCUUAGGGGGUAUUGGGCUAAACCAUACUUCUUAACAGGAAAGAAAUUUUGCUCAACAGAAGGGAAAAAAGUUUUAAGAAAAGAUGCACAAGAAAAAAUGCCCUUAACAUUGGGUGUCCAAAUUCUCUCAUCAUUCCCUGAAGAAGAAAGAUUGACUUCUUGAAGGAGGUUAAGCAAAGGAAUGAACUCACUGGCUUCUUGAUACCUCAAGGGUCUUCUCAGUCCCAAAUCCCACCCUAAUCCAUUACUCUCCAAAGUUACCAAUUCAACAAUCGAUUUAUUUUUGGAAUUGGACAGGUUAUAGAUUCUAGGAAAAGAAAGACACAAGGGAGAGUCACCCCACCAAGUGUCCUCCCAAAAUUUCACCUUUCUCCAGUGACUGCAUCAUAUCUGAUGUGUUGCAAAAAGUUGGGAAGUUAAGAUAUCUUUCCAGGGGCUUUUUGAAGUAGCACCCCGGGUUGGUCCUGUGUCACAACUCACAACCUUUUGAGCACAUCCCAUAAAUGCUUUUGAUUGCCAAAUGCACAAUACCUCUCUCACUUGGAAAUCUCCAAAGCCAUUUUUGCCCAACAAUGCAUUAUUCCUCUCUUGUACCCUUCCUAAACCCAAUCCACCUGCCUCCCUAGGCUUGCAUGCAUCUCCCCCCUUCAACAAGUAGACCCUUUGAAACUCAAGAGAAACACUUACUAUACCAAACACUCCCUAUUUCAGCCCAGACUACAAUUCUUUCAGACCUUUUGGGUAGACCCUUUGCAUUGUUUUAUUAUCUCCCUUGUCUAGGUAAAGAGUCAACCAGGUCAUUGGCUGAUUUAGGUAUCCAUCCAAGCAAGUGUUCAAUCUAGAAGCAAAUGAUCUUACCAAAAAAAAGAAUCUAGAAGCAAAUGCCUUGUGCAGUUUUCUCCUUUUCAAAAUUUUUUGAUGUUUAAAUUUUCCAUGUUUUAUUACUGACAAAAAAAAUCCAUAUUUUUUUUUUCUUUUGAAGCUUCAUAAUAUUUUAUUUCUGUGCUUCUUACUCUAGAUCCAUCAGAUUUUCUUUUACAACUAUAUCCAUUUUUCUGAUCUGUGGGAGCUGCAUAGCUGGUUUAGUUGCUCUAAGGAUAAAUGAGCUUUAGACAGUGGAACUGAACGGUGUUGAUACAAACCUUUUUUC